AUGCACACCUCAACUUCCUUGCUGGCUCUCGUCCUUCCUGUUUUGGCAUCAGCAGCUGGUACCUGCACCAGUUCUGGCUCUAUAGCAUGGCCCCCCGUCGGUGACUGUGCGACCCCAGGGAAAUUCGACACAGCUGUCCAGAACUGUAGAGCUUGUUGCAUGAACGAUCAGCCUUGCUUUACUACAUGCCUGAAAGCUGCUGGGAUUGGUAGACGCAGCACCGCCGAUGAGACAUUCUCGGGCUUUGUCCCAGACGCCCGAGGGCUGGGAAGGCGGGCUGUGGACCUGACCUGUGAUGUGAAUGAGGGCUGUUACAAGUUCACCGAUGGCAGCUUGUUGUGCUUGAGCUUAGGAACGGGGAAGUACCACGACGACGUAGGAGGGAAUGGCGAUUACUAUUCUGGCGUAUACACGGGCCCAGAUGGAAAAGUGCAAACUGGCACUUCGACGGCGACGGCGACGGCUACGGGAAACACACAAUUACCUUCAUCCACGGCGCAAGGAACUAGGUCGGCGAAUGUGGCUCAGACUACAUCAGCGGGAGCUGCGAGUGCAGCUACAAGCUCUGCUGCUGCGCCUGCCAGCACUGGCGCUGCGCCUGCGAUGGCCCGAGCAGUCAACCAUGGUCUUACAAACGCCGGAAUUCUAGGUCUCGUAGUUGGGCUUGCUCUAUAG